AUGGCGUUGACCAGGCCCCUGACCCUCCUACUGUCCCUGCUGGCCCUGGCCCAGAUGGGUCCCCUGUGCGUCGGCGGCCGCCAUCUUACGGCGUCUGCACGGGAGCGGCAGCAGUUUGCCGAGCAGCUGGCCACGCAGAAAGCCUGGGAGGCGUCUGAGAUGGCCAAGAUUGCGGAGCAGGUGGCGCAGGAGGCGGCCAAGCUGGAGGACAUGAAGUCCAGGCAGGAAGUGAAGGAUGCCAAAGACAACGUCGAGAUGAUCAAGAAGGCGGCCAGGACGGCACGCAGGGACUCGGUUGAGCAGCAGCAGCUGGAGGACAAGGCGGCUGAGGCGUUCAAGGAGGCUGAGAAGGCGGCCAGGCGGGCGGCCAAGAAGGCGGCCAAGGAGGCGGAGAAGCAGGCCAAGAAGGAGGCCGAGAAGGACAGCAAUGAGGACGAGGCUGCGGAGGAGGCGUACGCCCAGCUCGUGGCCGCCGCUGGCGACAGCAGCGACAGCGACGGCGGCUCCAGCAAGAAGAGUCGCCGCAGCACGGAGGGGGGCGACGACAGCACGAGCAGCAGCGGCGGCAGCAACGGUCUAGCGGGCCCCAUCUGGGGCAUGCAGGUUGGGCAGGGCUCCAAGGGCGGCCCCGACCCUGUAUAUGCCACCUACCACUACUACGCCCCCGGCUACGAGACCUCCUCCCUCUACUGCGCCGACGCCUUUGCACCCGACCUGCCCGCCAGCCCCAGCACCUACCUGCUGGAGCACCCCUGGAUUGCCUACUGCAACGACGGCGGGCUGGGCCCCAUGAGCCAGGACAAGUGCGGCAAGAUGUGCGGCCAGGGAGGCAUCGACAUGGACCCGCUGGGCUUCAAUGCCAUCGACGACGGCCAGGGCGUGGCGGAUGGGCACAUGAACGUGCACAUCGAGUGGGCGUGA